CUCUCGAUUGAAUUCGUGUGUGGAGGACAUGUCCCGGUUCACGAAGAAGGGGCGUCCGCCGCCGGGGUAUGAGUACAUUCAGCCUGUGAUGGAUGCGCUCGAGAGCGAACUGAGAGAACGCACGACAGACCCGCAUGAAGGCCUCCGAAAGUGCGAAGCGAUGUGGCCGAUCCAGCAAAUCAACUGGCAACGAAGUCGCUAUGUGUACGACAUGUAUUACAAGUACAAGAAGAUCUCGAAAGAGGUGUACGAGUACUGCCUGCGCAUGAAGUUGGCCGAUGCCAACUUGAUUGCCAAGUGGAAAAAGCCAGGAUACGAGCGUUUGUGCAGCACAUUCGCGAUCAACUCGAAGAACUACAACUACGGCACAGUCAGCAUUUGCCGAGUCCCGAGGCAGCAACUAGCGGAUGGCCAACAGAUCCAAGAACGGCAUUCUGGAUGCCGCGGGUGUGCGUCAGGACCAGGUGGGUACCACAACAUCUUUGGCAACAAGUACGGCCAGCACUUGGCGGCGAUUCAGAUCAUGCGCGAGCGCCGCGGUGGCGACGGCGUGUGGGCGCAAAAUGACGAGGCAGACGUGUCAGACGUUGAAGACGAAGAGGACGCCACGGACGACGCCGUGCAGAACGAAGAGGACGAUGAGUCGAAGAGCGAAGACGAUAAAGAGGGCACGGCAGAAGACGAGGACAUUCCACACGCCAAGAAGCGGAGAACCGACUAAGUCAGCGUCUUCGUCCCCUUAUAUAUUUGGAGCGAGUAGGUUGUUCGCACAGCCAAGCUGUGAAAUCAACGCAGUUCUUCUGGCGCAUCUGCACUAGAGCAACUCGUUUCGGCCACUCCAGGUCGUGCUCCCCCAUUCAAUUCCAUUGUACUUGAUCCAUUCCCAA